GUGGCCAGUUGAAUCGAGUUGGUCGAAGAUCGAUUGCCAUACACGGAAAUACAUUAAAAUGUAUGCAAUCACAUACAAAUUUGAAUAUUCAUGGAUAUGAAGUUUUUGACUUAGUAAACAAUACAUUUAUUUUGUUCAAGGAGAAUUUUUGAAUAAAACUUUAGUUUCUGAAUAAAAUACACCGAAUUUUUUCUGUAGAAUUUUUUGUAUGGACCGAUUGAGUUUAAAGAAAGUCGUGAUAGCAGCGAAAUUGAUUUUGUUGAUAUUUUAUCCUAAAACGCUUCAUAAAUGGAGAGAGAAUUUUCUACUGCUGUCUACAAUAAUAAUCGUAUUCAGUUCGUCGUUCAUUUGUUCAGGCUAAAGCGGCUGAUUCCCGCAAAAUAUGAAUAUUGCGUUAUGACUGGCACUUUUUUGUUUUCUCAUUUGCACCGAAUGUAAUUUGCCGUGAUAUUUUCAACUGCAUAUCCCGUAGAGACAGUGUCUGUUUGAAUGAGUUCCUAGGGGCCAACUAAACUCACUGAAACCAAUAACUGUUAAACAUAAUUAUUUUCAGCGAUUUUCCCCAAUUCUGGAACGAUAUUGAAGCGGAAAUCGGAGUUCAACCAGAGGGUUUGAAGCAAGUUAAGUCCGUUUUGACAAUUCUUGGGUUUUUGACGAAGAGUUCGAUAGCUUCAAUCAAAACCGGAAACAAAAUUGAAAAACUACAAAACGAUUAUGCCAAAAUUCGAUCGAACAAACCAGCAGAAAUAUUUUCUCGCUUCCCGGAAUCGCAGCAUAUCGAUUAUUUCACUCCAGGGAUGAAAACGAUCAUUCUCAACAUUGCCACUCAUUUAAAUAGGAAGAAUGUUCCAGAACUAACAACCAUCAGAAACAAACUUCUGCGACGCGCCAAAAAAGUGUGCGAUGAAAUUACCGAAGAUGACAUCAUUUUUGACAACGAGCCAUCUGGUUUGGUCGUCAAGAUAUCUUGUCCGCAGUGCUCGAAAGUAAAGCUACUCUCCAAAACGAGCGGAGAAAACUGCUUUUCGUUGUUCAAUUUUAAGAAUCAUUACGACGUAGCUCACAAAGUUGCGACGGGAGGGCAGCAAAUGACAAACCCAAACCAAGAGCCCCAUCGUCGUCAAUCAAUGAUUGAUUUGAUUUCUUUGGACGUUCCAAUGGGCAAUGCUGGCGUUGUUUCGGUAGAGCCGGACGACCAGAGCUAUAAUAUGCUCAAGAAGAGAUUCGAUGAUCUCUCCAAUGAAAAUCUAAUUCUGAAGACUGAAUUAGAUCAACGAGCUGCAACAAUCGAAGGGCUUAUGCAAGCAGGCAAUCAAUACAAUUCCGUCGUGGCUGAGAAAAAUGCGUACAAAGAAGAAUAUGAAAGACUCACUCAAAAAAAUACCCUUUCUUCGUCUUCAGCCGACAUGAAUGAAUUACACCAACAAGCUGCGAAAAUUGAAGAGCUUAGACAGAAGCUUUUACGAGCAGGAGCUGAAUACCGCAAUGUUGUGGCUGAAAGAGAUGGGUACAAACUCGAAUUGGAAAAAAUUAACCGUGCUAAAACCAUUUCCUCAUCUUUGGCCGAUUUGCACAUUAGUAACAUCACAUCUGUCACAGAACAAUUGCAUGAAAAAAUUCAGCGUAUCAAAUGUCUUGAAGAAGAAAAUGAUGCUUUCCGCCUGAAGAUAACUUCCAAAGCCAAAUUUUCUGCAAAUCUAUGUUUCUUCGAUGGAAAUGCAGAUGAAAAUGAAGCGAUCCGCUUUGAAGGAAAUUCUGUGCAAUUCAAAGAUUGCCAAGAUCGCGCAGUAUGGCUUUACUUUGACAAUAUUUACCGUGGCGAAUCUGCUGAGAUGAAAUUCAAAAAUGCAUUACCAUAUUUGGAUGCUUUUCUGGGCGGCAAAAAUGCUUGUAUUUUUACUCAUGGAACCACAGGUAGUGGAAAGUCGUGUACAAUGUUCGGCAUAAACAACAGUGUAGGACUCCUGGCAAGCUCGAUCGACUACAUUUUAAAGCAGGGCCACCGCUUGAACAUGAAUGUCAUCGAAGUAUUCAAAAAGGAAAUCUACGACCUUGGCGAAGGGAAAAAGCGAUCGUUCAAGCUGACCGUAAAAGCGAAGAACGUGCAGAUAACAUCGUUCGGUAGAUUUGAGCAAGUUUGCAACAAAGUGAAGGCGAUCCGCACGCAAAAAUCCACUAAUCAAAAUGCAACGUCAUCACGGUCUCACAUCAUGUUCCGGUUCAAUGUGGAAACAAAACCUGAAAUCACAUUGGCAUUAGUUGAUUUGGCAGGAUGGGAGAGCCCGUAUGGAAAGGACGAUAUGCAAGAAACCAUUUUCAUAAACAGCACACUGAUGGAUUUCAACAAGAUUUUAGCCAGUGUAGCUGGAAAUAAAUGUGUUACGUCCACUACGCUGCUAAGUCAAAUGUUCAAGCCGUAUUUGACGGGAAACAGCGUGGUGUGCAUGUUCUACCACGUGGCAGCCAAUGCGUUGAAAAAAGGCCUGGAGAAUAUCAAAGAUGUUGUUCCGUCAGCCAAAGGUGAUAAAAUGAGCACCGGAACAAUAAAAAGAGAACCACUUCGUGAUCUGUCCAACUUAAGUCGCUAAAUGUUUUCAAUAAAGUUAAUUCUAACAGAAGUUUUAUGAAUCAAAAGAAAUGGGUGUUUUAUUUGAAGAAAUCGACGAACCGUGCAUUUAUUCUUUUACUGUUUUAUAGCUUUGGAUAUUUUCUACAUGGAUUAAGUAUUUCAAAUUUAACCACAUCUGAAUUGAACUUCGAAAAUUGAACUUGAAAAAAAAAUGUUGGAUGCAUUGCGAUCUCGUAGAAAAGAGAAUACAAAUUGCAACAAUUCAAAA